AAAUUAUCGGACACAAAGUGUAUUGAAGUUUCAUUAAUUCAAACUAAUAUCCAUUCCAAAUGCAAUCCCUACUCUUUUUGACCAUUUCUUUGUUAAUGAUAUCAACCAUUACUUCAUUUAUCAAAAUCGAUGCCAUCGUUGACACGAAAUUUAGCCCAAAACUCUAUGGAGAAGACAUUAAUUGUGAUCUUUGCGGAGAAACGUGUGUCAAGUCGUGCACAGACGCCAGUAGUGUUAGAGGACUAGAAAACUUCAGGCGCUGUUGUGCCAGUUAUUUCAAAAAGCGAGCUACUGUUCCGGCCCUGUGGUCAAACAUGAAGGAAUAUCGCCAACGUCUACUUGACCAGUCUUUACUCCAGGCCAAGAUCAAUGGUGAUAAAAGUGAGAACUGUAGUCAGAAAUGA